CAGUUGACUUCGUUGAAAUAAUUUUCGUAACAACGAUCACACUCGUUUGUUUAUUGCGAAGACGGGAGGACGUCGUCGUCGUGGCACUCGUACAGUCCGCAGAGUGAGAGAGCGAAACGCAAACGCGAAAAAAUCAGCAGCCGCCGCAGCACAAUAGUAGUGUUAUUUUGUUACCUUUUUUUUUGGUUUUUUAAAUACCAAAUCGCGUCACCCUUGCCUAUCACGUGUCUGUGUGUGUGACAACCCACAUAGAAUUGUUACACCUUGAAGUGAAUAAAUAUUGCAAAAUAACAACAAAUGUUUGAGCGGAUCAUCCAGAAAAUUGGUUAAAGUUUUUUUUUUUUGUAACCAACCUGAAGUCAAAUCAUCGAAAAUCAUGCAACAAAGGCAACAAAAGCAGCAGCAACAGCAGAAGUUACAGUUUGUUUUGUGUAAGAGUGAGCAGUGAUACAAAAUAUAUAUGAUAAAGCCACUGGGCGGAAAUAAAAAACAAACCCAAUAAUACAAAUAUAAUACAAUACAAUCCCUUUACAAAAAAAAACCAAAGAACGUGUGAUUCAGUGAGAAAGAGAGCAACGCCGCCACAAGGGGAGAGAGAGAUCAAAGAGAUAACAACAGAGAGCGUGCCACAUCCGCGUCAUGUCGGACGAGGAUGUGCAGAUCACUAGCGUCGUGGACGCCAACGGUCAAUCACUGCCACUGCAAGGCAAUAGCCUGGGCGGAGCUCCUGGUACCGUCAAGCAGGAGCGUGCUGACGAUGCCGAAAUCCGGGAGCUGGCCGCCAAAAUGAAGGAGCAGCAGAAGCACCAGGCCGCCCAGCUGGCCAGCCGCCAGGCCAUGCAGCAACCCAAUGGUGCCGGCUCUGGCGGUGGGGCCAUGCAGCCGCCCAUCACCAACGGCAAUGGACAGACGAACAUCAUGAGCUACUUGUCACGCCACCAGAAGCUUCCCAACGGUACCAUGCAGGUGGUGCCCGCCCUGGCCCCUAACGGACAGCGGGCCAACGGGUCGGUGCUGAUACAAAAUCAGGCCGUUGGCGCAGGCGCAGGUGGAGGAGAAGGCGCUGAGAAGAAAUCAUCCGCGGGUGGGCCCUGCGACGAGGAGUCGAUCAUGGGUCGCUUUGGGUGGGCACAGUUCGGCAAAGUCUCUAUACCGUACAUCUACCGGCAGACGGAGAAGUACUGCUCGGUGCGGAUGAUCGAGCUGAAGCUCCUUGGCAAGUACCUCAACUGUUUGCAUCCGGACAUCUACUCCAGUUGCACGUGCGUGCGCAGCUACUAUAUCACAGACUCCGAGGCGCGCCUCUUCAUUGAGGUGAACCACAAGCACUGCGAUGGCGAGUUUGGACGCGACAUAUUCACCCAAAAGGAUCUGGUGGUGCGGCUAGGCGACGCUUCCAAGUUCUUCCAGUUCCUGGACAUCUGCUACCGGAAGCUGGUUACCGGCAGCAAGACGCCCUCGGAGAAGUGCGGCUUCAUCCGGAUCAACAAGGAGUCAGUCGUCCCGUACACGGUGCGCAACAACCAGCAGGUGGUGCCGCUCUUUUACUUCGAGGGCGAGACGGAGAACCUCAAGACCAAGGCGGAGCUGCUCAACGGCUGGGACCUGGCCUACCUGAAAUUCUGCUGCAAGGUCCAGGGCAUCCGUAACGAGCUCUUCUCCAGCGAGAACGUCGCCGUCAUCUCGCUGACGGACAUCAAAAGCUACUUCCCCAAUGGCACGGAAUUCGAAGACUACUGGCCUAGCAAGGUGGUCGACUCCAACCUGCUCAUUGGCAAUCGGACCAACGUAAACAACUCGGUCAAUUGGACCCGCCAGCCCUCCGCCCCGCCCCCAAAGAUCACGACCACUGUGAGCACCAACCCCUCCAGCAACGCCGGCACUGCCGGCAGCAACUCCACUAACAGCGGCGCCAGCGUCGGUGGUAGCGGCGGGGGCGGUGGUGUGGGCGUACAAAAGUCCCAGCAGUCCCAGCAACACAACACAGCUGCCGCCGCACAGCAUCUAAUAAAGCAGCGCGCUGCGGCGGCGGCCAACGCCAAUGGCGUCUCAAAUACAAGUGGCUUCGGCGCAUCGCAGGUAGCGGCGGCAGCAGCGGCCGCCUUCAAUACUCAGGCUGUUGCAGCGGCGGCCUCGGCAGCGAUGAUGCAGCAGACAGCGGGCAGCAACCGCAUGCUCUCGCAGGCGACGGUCCAGGCGCUGGCCAGUAGCGGCUGGAUGUCGGGGCAGAGUAACCUGCAGCUGCACGCCCAAAUGAUGGCGCAACAGUCACACGCGGCGAGCGCGAACCGCGUGGGAAGCUACCGCGAGCAUAUGAACAACCUGAUGAUGAGUGGUAGCAGCCGUCAGUCGUACUCCUACAACAAUCCUGCGAUCUCGAUGUCCUCGGUGAACAGUCACAGCGCCAGCGGCGGGGGGAAUGCCCCACCGCCUUUGGUCCGUUCCGCUGCCGGCCAGAAUGCCAAUCACAUGUCGAAUGUCGAGCAAUCACUGGUGCAACUACAGCAACAACAACAACAGCAACAACAACAGCAAAAGACUCAACAACAACAACGACACCAACCACACCAAAACAGCACAUUCACCAAUAACCACGUACAACAACAACACACUCCACACCACAACCAAAACCAACAAUCACACCAACAGAAUAACCAAAACAAGAACAUCCAUAACACCCAUAACACCAACACCAACACCAACACCAACACCAACACCAAUACCAAUACCAAUACCAAUAAUAGUACCUACAAUCAUUCCGGCCACGCCCUUGCCAAAAGCCUCAGCCACCACAGCGUUGGCGGGAUGAAGAAAAAUACCGCCUCCUCCUCCUGCGCCUCGAUCAACGUAAACGCCAGCGUCAACGUGAACGUCAACGCCAGCGCCAGCGCCAGCGCAUCCCAAUCUGCCGCUGCCAUGGCAGCCGCUGCCGGCUAUGUACAGGCCCUGUUAGGCGGAGUUGCGACCGGUGGCGGCAACGCGGGUAACUCCUUCAACUACAACCUGCCUUCGACCCGGGCAGACUAUACGAACCUGGCACUUUGGAACCAGCUGACGCCAGCGCAGCGCCUGCUCUUUAGCCAGCAGCUUAAGGGUUGCGCCAGUGGGAGCGGUGGAAGUGGUGCAGCUAGUUCAGCCAGUGUUGGCUCUCAUCCAGUAAUCGCAGGAGGAGUUGGAUCCGGCAGUUCAGGCUUGGGACAGAAGAGCUUUCCGGCACUGCCUUCCCUGCCGCUGGACACGGACUUGAUCACGAUGCUCGACUACAACAAUCCCAACAAAUCUUCCUCCCUCUCGGCCAGCAAGAGCUCCAAGUCUGGGAGUGGCAGUGGCAGUGGCGGUGGCGGAGUGACCUUUACGAAACCCAAUGUCCCACCACUGAUACCAGAUGGAGGGGCCGGCGGAGUUGGAGUGGGAGUUGAGCAGAUAAGCUCGGGCAAGAGUCGUAGAGGAGGAGGAGGAGCCGGCGAUGGGUCCGGUGGGGCCACCACCAUAUCACUGAACUCCUCCCAGGCGCUAGAGGACUUCGAGAAGAAGCAGAAGAUGACGGACGAGAUGCGGGCCGUUAUCCAGAAGGUCCUGGCCAAUCCGGAUCUCUCCACCUUUAUCCAGACGAAUGCGGCGGCAGCCUCCAACCAUAGUCAGGGCCACCUAGUCCCCUCCUAUAUUUCCCCUCCAAUGUCCCCGUCGGUGGGCGUGGGUCUUGGUGGCAUGGGUGGAUCCCUAGGCAUAGGCGGUGUAACCACUCUGUCCCUGGCCUCCAACCCGAAUGUGACCAUCACGCCACAGCUGCCGGGGCACUUCCUGCACUCACCCUCCAGCUCCUGUUCCAGCUCGAGUGCCUCUACUACGGCCGCCUCACCGCUCGGCAAUAGUCAGGGCCAGGCUCCGGGUGGUGUGGCGGGUGGUGUCGGCACAGUGGGUGGAAAGGGGGGAGUGGGGCGCCAGAAGAGCGUGAUCUGCUCGACCAAAUCCAACAAUCUUCCCUUGGCCGUCGUCUCCCUAGCCUCAACCGCAAACUCGCUCCAAGGCAGUGCGGGGGGUCGUCGCGGGGGGUCCGUCAAUUACGGGCGUCAGACACACAGCCAUAGCCAUAGCCAUAGCCACCACCAUCAUCAUCCCAACACACAUGCGCAACAGUUUAGUGGUAGUAGUAGUAGUAGUAGUAGUAGCCACUAUCAGCAGGACGGCAAAAAUCCUGUUGCCGGUUCCGGUUCGUGUUCGGGUUCGGGCACUCCCAGAACCACACCCACUGACGUUAUCGAUUUGUCCUCUUCCCGAAGGUCUCUGGCAGCGUCAGCGGCUUACCUGCAGCAGCACCAGCAGGCGGCUGUGGCGCAGCAGCGCAUGGCGGCAGUGGCCGCCCAUCAUGCCCAGCAGAACGGACGGAGCUCAUCGAAUGCCGGCGGUGGCGGAAGCACUGGCAGCACCGGCGGCAGCAGUAGCGGCAGCAACUCAUCCUCCUCGGGGUCGGCGUCGGCAAACAGCGCAUCCCUGCACCUGCAACGCCAUGCGGCGCUGGCUCAUGCGGCGGCGGCCGCCAGUGCGGAUGGUGCCCAGCGGCUAUGCGUGAUUCCGGAGAUACCCACAAACAACAUGAACCUCCAUCCGUACAAGAUUCAGAAGGUGUGCGUCGACAAGCACCUGGUGCCCUGCAUCAACAUGAAGGCCUACAACGACUCCGAGCAGCUGAUGACUCUCAUCGAGUUCCAGAAGAACUUCUUUCCCUCAGUGCCGCGCGAACACUGCAAACGGCUGAUCGAAGCCCUCGGCGUAGAGCUCUACAAGGCGAACCGCCGACAAGUGCAGAUCCUGAUGGAGUACGAUCGGACCUACACAGAGGAUAUGCCGCUCGUUCAGGUGCGCGAUAUCAUCAAAUACAUGACGCAGCUGACCUUCAUGACACGCCAGUCAGAGCAGCCGCCGGCUAAGCGGACGCGAACGAGCUAGGAUUUAAGCUGGGGAGCACAACAUUUGCCACCAACAACAAUCACAACAAGUACCACAACAGCCAACACAGCCACAAGAACUUCGUUAUCAAUUACAGCUGCAGAAGCAGCACCACCAUCAGCAGUGGCAGUGGCAGUGGCAGCGUCACCACUGAGAAGAAGAGCCACCACACCGCCACACAGCCUGGGCAGUGAUGUGCUGCCAGCCAAGCGAAAGUCGAGUGCAGCUCUGGCACCGCCUCCAGCACCAGCAGCAACAGAAGCACCACAAUCACCACCCAGCACAUCAGCAGCAGCCAACCCAACACUUUCAGCUACAGCAGCAGCGAACACAAACAGCAACACAUACGAAAUGUUGUACUCCCACAACCAACACCCGCACCACCACCAACAGCAGCAGCAAAUACAACAACAACAACAGCAACAACAGCAUGAGCAGCAGCGGCUGCUCAAGAAGCGGCAGCAUGCAGAUAGCACCACCACAACCACCAGCGCCAGUAACAAAACUGCGGCCCAGAAGAUGGCCGAGGCGGAGCACGCCUACCUGUCCAACAUGUACGGAAAGGCGGCAGCCAAUAUGCUGAGUCCGCCGCUGAGCAGCGCCCUGCCCGAGUGGAGCCUAGUGCAACAGAAACAGCAGCUUCAACAACAACAACAGCAGCAGCAGCAGCGUCAGAGAAGAGCAGCCCAACUGCAGCAGCAACAUGUGGCAGCGGCAGCCCCAGCACCGACUCCAGCUCCAGCAGCACGUGCACCGCCACCACCACAGCAGCGGCACGUCAUGCUCCGUCGGCACAGCGUGUGCGCGGCAGGAUUAGCCAGGCUGUCGCCCGCCUCAAGCCACUCUUCCUCGGCAGUAGCCUCGCCCACUUCGGCUGCAGCCGCAGCCCUUGCCGCAGCCUCCUACUACGGCAAUGCAGCGGCCGCGGCGGCGGCAGCGUUUACCGCACCAUAUCAGCACCACCAUCAUCACCACGCGGCGGCGGCGGCAGCCGCACAUCAUCAUGCAGCUGCAGCGGCGGCUGCUGCAGCGGCUGCGGCGGCGGCACACCAUUCGCACGGCCAACCGUCGCCGACGAUAUAUCCGCCGACGCCACCGCCAUCGGCGCCGUGGGUACAUCCCUGGUAUGCGGGUGAUGCUCCCUUUUGAGAGCGGGGCCCAAGGCGCCUGGAUCAGCGGGAGCAACAGCAAUGAUAGAAGCCCAACAAAUAUCCAAUUGUAAAUUAGUUUUAGGGAUAAGUGAUUUAUUAAUUAAUCUUAAAUAAGAUCCUUUUUAUUUUUUGGAUUAGUGCUUAAGUAGGUUAACUAAAACAAUUUCUGGGCAUUAUAUGCCACUAACAAUAAUCGACAGACGCAGACAGAGGUUUAAUAAGAGAUUUAGAAACAGAUAUAGAUAACCGAUACCAGAUACAAGACCCGGACCCGGACCCAGACCCAAACCCAGACCCAGAUCCAAACGGAGAGGUUACGGAACAGGGAGGACAAGGACAGAUCGAUGACUAUCGCUACUUGGAUUUCAUAUAGACAUUUGCAGUAGAACAUUUUCAAAUGAGAACUCAAAGAACUGACUACAAUUUAUUAUCAAAACAAAACCCACACUCAAACAAACACAAACAUAAACACACAAAAAUGCUAACCACAAAGAACACACACUACAACACAAGCAGAACUGUUGAAUUGGCUCGCUCGCUCUCGACUGCGCAUUCGAUUUUGAAACGAAAGUCUUUUUCUAGCAAUAUUUACAUGCAUAUACAGGUGGUAUAUGCUAUAAAUAUGUAAUAUAUCUCGUAAUAACAACUCGUAAAUUGUAAGCAGGAAAUUUAAUUUCUUGCAUUUCAAACUGCAACUAAAUCUAAAAUUACCACUAAACCUACAACUAAAACCAAAACUACGACAACAACUAGAUCUAGAUCAACUAUUUGGAGUGAGUCAAGAAAUAGUUAUAAGUGGGAGAGUAAUUUAGAGAUUCCACCUGCUACGAGUAUAUCCUUGCUAACGAUCGUACCAUCAUCAUCCUCAUCGACAUCUUGCUGGUCGAACGAUCAGAACAGCAUAGUAUAAGAUCUAAGCAAUUUUUUAAUUGAACAAUUUCCAAAACUUACCAAUUACAUAAAGCUAAAAACUAAAAACUCGAGUAGAAAAACUAUGAACAAAAAAUCAAGAAAAAUAUGUUAAAAACAUACAAAAAAGAGAUCAUAGUUCUUAAGAACAAAAUACCAACAAGAAGAUUAAGUUAUAUGCAGUGUAUGUAUAUCGGACUGUAUAUGUACAUAUUUGUAUGAAAUAUUUGAAUAUCCGUUAUAUGGAUUUUACAAACUCUCUUUAUUUUGGUAAUUAAUAUUAUUAUUAUUAUUAUUUGAUUGGCGAAAUAGAACUAUUUUUUUUUUGAUUUCUUCACACUCUCCACAUUAUUAAAAUAUCUGGGCAAUUUCUGUUUGUUUAAAUUAUUCGUAUUUUGUAUACUAAGCGUACACCCACAGACAUACUCAAAGUACGCUAGAACGUGGACAUUGAGCCAGGACAAUGUAAAGUCUACGACUAUGUAUGUAUAUAUAUUAUGUUAACAUAUGUACAAAAAAUCGCAGUUUAUUGAGAAAUCCGUAAAAGUAUUUAUUUAAAUGUUUUUUUUUUUUUUUUUUUAAUUUUCGCCAGAAAAUAAAGAAAUGAAGCAAACCUAAGCAGAAAAA